UGGAACAUUCUUCGCUUGAGGCCCAAGUGAUCUUUUGAUGCCUAUCCCAGAUGAUCAUCAGGAUGUAUGUAUGUAUAUAUUGAUACAUAUCAUUAUAUAUAGAUUAUAAGCGUUAAUUGCACGUACGUAGUAGGAGGAGCUGAUCAUUAUCUUGAAAAUUGAUGGAUUCCAAAAUAGUUGAUCAGCAUGAAACGAGUGACCAAGACAGUAGUAGUAGUACUACUACUAUUACUCCUACUCCGGACGAAUCAAAUAAAUCUAGGCAUGAUUUGGAGCAGAUCAAGAGCGAGUUGUUCAGAAUGGCGAUGAAGGCCGAAUGGAAAAAAGUUGUGGAGAAGUAUAGGAACGAAUUAGAGUCUGCUCACAAUCUCAAGAUCACGAGGUCAGGGGACACAGCAUUACACAUAGCUGUCUCCGAUGGCCAAGAAGAAAUAGUCGAAGAUCUUAUGUAUGUACUGCAGUCUCCUGGUAAAAAUCAUGCCCAGGAGGCUGUUAAAACUAAAAACGAGCGAGAUAAUACCCCUCUCCAUACUGCUGCAGCAAUGGGGAGCCUGCCUAUGUGUAAGCGCAUAGCACAAGUUGAUCCAUCAUUGGUGGGUGAACGUAAUUGUGAAGGAGAGACUCCCUUUUUCUUGGCUGCCCUCCACGGUAAAAAGGAAGCCUUCCUUUAUCUCCACAAAAUGAUCUGCGAUGAUCAGGAUAGCAAGCAGGCCAAGAGGGAGGAUGUUGACACCAGUCAUCAGGAUAGCAAGCAGGAAGCCAAAAUUGGCUACAAAUAUGCCAAGAGGGAGGAUGGUGACACCAUUCUUCACUGUGCCAUUAAUGGCGAGUAUUUUGAUUUGGCAUUUCAAAUAGUUCACUUGUAUCCGGAGCUGGUUGACAGUGUGAACGAGCAAGGAUUCUUCCCUCUCCAUCUGCUAGCCACCAAGCCUUCUGCUUUCAGAAGCGGUAGCCACUUUGGACGAUGCGACAAACUCAUCUAUCACAGCAUAUUUGUUGAUGAGCUGACGCAUGAACAUGAAUACGAUGAUGAUCAGACGCCACCGGCAAUCAUAAAGAGUCGUAAAGAGGAAAAGAAUCCGAAUUAUCCAGAGAACUACAGGACAUGCAUCAACUUCUUUCGAUUGUUCUGGAAAAUGGCUCAUGUUGUUGUUCCCAGAACAAAGGAUGGAUCAAAGCCAUCAGAUGCAGAGAACGGAACAAAUUAUCAGUCAACUAUAGCCCAUGGUAGUAAUAAUGCAGAUCAUCGUGGAACUCGGGAAGGACAUCGGUUAUUUCCAGCUAAUUAUGACACCUGCUUUGAAUUUGUCAAGUUUGCAUCCAAGGCAAUGAUGGUCAUCCUUGGACUAGGAUCUAACAUGAUAAGAAAGAUACGUGAUAAGAAAGAAAAGCACACAUGGGCCGUUCAAGUCAUGAACGAACUUCUAAAACAUACCAAAACAUACGAGGAUUGUUACACAGCCGGCGGGGCGGACCCGAAUGUAUUUGCUGCAGCAAAGCCAACGACAUCGACAUCGACCAAACAUGAAGAUGAUGAUCAACAGGAUACAAAGCCUUACAAUGUUGAUCAAGAAGCUGGCGGCCAAGUCGGCUUUGACAAUAUGGGUGGAGAAAUGAAGGACAAAAAAAUUCAUGAGCCGCCGAAGAUGGAGUCUCCCAUAUUAAUUGCAGCUAAAAAUGGUGUCACUGAAAUCGUGGAUAAAAUCCUAGAACUCUUUCCUGUUGCCAUACACGACAUGAAUGUGGACAAGAAGAAUAUAGUGCUGUUGGCAGUGGAGAACAGGCAACCACAUGUGUAUAGAUACUUGCAUAAAAGAAAUAUCCUGGUUGAUAGCGUGUUCCGGAAAGUGGAUAAAGACGGGAACAGUGCCUUGCAUCUUGCGGCAAAGCUUGGAGACUAUAAGCCUUGGCUCAUUCCCGGGGCUGCCUUACAAAUGCAAUGGGAAAUCAAGUGGUAUGAGUUUGUCAAGGAAUCCAUGCCAACCCAUUUCUUCCCCCGUUGCAACAAGGCGGGCAAGACAGCAAAGGACAUGUUCACCGAAACCCAUCAGGAACUAGUAAAAAACGGUGGUGAGUGGCUAACCAACACGUCUGAAUCCUGCUCUGUCGUUGCUGCACUCAUUGCCACUGUUGCCUUUGCCACUGCUUCCACAGUCCCCGGAGGCGUCAAGCAGGAUACUGGCACCCCGACGCUCGAAAACCAACCUGCAUUUGACGUAUUCGCUAUCUCAUCACUCGUUGCGCUUUGCUUCUCAGUCACUUCCGUGAUAAUGUUCCUUUCCAUUUUAACAUCAAGGUACCAAGAGAUAGAUUUUGGGAGUGACUUGCCGAGGAAGCUCUUGGUGGGUUUGACAUCGCUGUUCGUCUCCAUAGCUUCAAUGUUGGCUUCAUUCUGUGCUGGACAUUUCUUUGUGCUAAAGGAUAAUUUAAAAUAUGCGGCAUUUCCAGUGUAUGCAGUGACGUGCCUGCCUGUAACGUUUUUUGCCGUAGCACAGUUUCCACUCUAUUUUGAUCUUUUAUGGGCCACCUUUAAGAAAGUUCCGCAACGUAGCUACAAGGUGGUUCUCUAAAUAAUUAUAUCGACUUGAUCUUCCUUUUUCUUUUUCUUUUGUAUCUAAUUUAGUUAUCCUCUUGUUGUGUACGUGUUUGACAACUAAAUAAUUUGUUUGCCAUGCAUAUUAUCCGUAUGAAGGAAUGAUUAAAUAUUUAUGUUGUAUUUUAAUUCUGUGUCUGUUCCUGUUUCAUGCAAUGUAUCCGGCCUAGACGGUUUUUACCAUUCAUGAAAUUAAGAUGGUGAUCUAGCCAGUUCUCAUCAUCAUCAAGUUCCUAUAUAUUCUUCUUGUAUUUUAUUUUUUCUUCUUUAAGUAAUUAAUUUCAUAUCUUUGAUGAUCAGUUUUGGGAA